AUGUCUGCAGUGGUAAAUCAAGAUUUGGAGCUUGAACAAAUGGAUGUAAAAACUGCAUUCCUUCAUGGAGAUUUAGAUCAAGAGCUAUACAUGGAGCAGCCUGAAGGUUUUGAGGUUGAUAAAGAUAAAGAUCAGGUUUGUUUGCUCAAGAAAUCUUUGUAUGGUCUGAAACAAUCACCUAGAUUGUGGAACAAGAAGUUCAAUCAGUUCAUUAUAGGUGAGAAGUUUGUCAGAAGCCAUCAAGACUCUUGUGUUUAUGUGAAGAAGGUUGAAAGUGGUUACAUGUAUCUUCUACUUUACGUUGAUGAUAUAUUGAUGGCUGCAAAGGAUAUAGCAGAGAUUGUUAAGCUCAAGAGUGCAUUGAGUUCUGAGUUUGAGAUGAAGGAUAUGGGUCCAGCAAGCAGAAUUUUGGGUAUUGAUAUCAGGAGAGACAGAGAAGCGGGUGUGUUAUAUUUGUCUCAGGCGAGUUACUUGGAGAAAGUGGUUCAGAAGUUCAAAAUGAAAGAGGCAAAGUCUGUUAAUACACCAAUGGGUGGACAUUUCAAGUUGUCUGCAGUUACAGAAGAUUCAGAAUGCAUUGAUACAGAGAAGUAUCCUUACUCAAGUGUUGUUGGAAGCAUUAUGUAUGCUAUGAUUGGGACAAGGCCGGAUAUAGCUUAUGCUAUUGGGUUAGUCAGCAUGUUUAUGAGUAAGCCAGGGAUGAUGCAUUGGGAAGCUGUGAAAUGGUUGUUGAGGUACAUCAAAGGAUCGUCAGAUUUGGAGGUAGUCUUUACCAAGAACAAGAACUUCAAUAUUCAAGGUUACUGUGAUUCAGAUUUCGCUGGUGAUAGGGACAAAAGGAAGUCUACAAGUGGCUAUGUAUUCACUGUUGGAGGGAACACUAUUAGCUGGAGAUCAAAUUUACAACCAGUUGUGACUCUCUCUACUAUUGAAGCAGAAUACAUUGCAUUGACAGAGGCUGUAAAGGAAGCGAUUUGGAUCAAGGGUCUGCUCAAAAAUAUGGGUUUUGGUGAAGAAAGAGCUAUGGUUUGGUGUGAUUCUCAGUCUGCAAUAUGCUUAUCCAAGAACAAUGUAUUCCAUGAAAGGACAAAGCAUAUUUCAUACAAAUACCAUUUUAUCAGAGAAGUUAUUGAGGAGGGUGAGGUUGAAGUUUCAAAGGUUCACACCUCAGUCAACCCUGCGGAUAUUCUGACCAAGAGUGUUCGUGUGUCAACGUUUGAGUCUGCCUUAGAUGCUCUGAGGCUGAUUCAACGUGGAUGA